AGCUAUAUCGUGUUGAGGUUGACGAGUUCAUCGAUAUGGCCGAAACAGCGUACUCGGUUUUCGACGAAACAAACCGAUCAAUCUGGCAUAAAAGGGUUGGAGUCGUUAGUCUUGUUAUCUUGGACAUUGCGCUUCUCGUCUCCAACAAAGGCAAGGUCAUUUCAAAAACAUUCUAGUAGCUUGUACGUGGUUAUAGUAGACGUUGUAUAUUCACGGAGAAUGUCUGUAUGAGAUGGAGAUCGGGAGAAGCCAUAACACACGAAAUGCUCACAAUUAUUAGUCAAUGGCUGGUCACCUUUCUGAUUUGCACUAUCAAUGUAUCCGGGAGAACCCGGCAAAGCAUAAGGCCCUAUGCCUUUUAGCAGCAAUCAUGGUAUCCGCAAAAGGUAUUGGAGGAUCAUUGUUGGAUUCAAGAGGCAGUCAACACUUACAUCAUUCAUUGAAACUCCGGGUUCAUCGUACAUCGCGGUUCAUGGCGGCUUACAUUGCGGUCUUGGCUAACUACAGACAAGUCAAAAUGGGGUUUCUUCGCUGCGCAAAAGCCUACCACAGCUCCUUCCGUCCCUUGAUACUGAGAGUAACAGGAAAAACAGAUGCGCCAGCCCGAUCAACCCACAUCGUCCGAGUUAAGAGCCCUGCCAACCACGUCACCGGUGCGUCUACCGUAACACGAUGCCCUAUUCCCUUUUGCGUCAUCUCGAAACCGUCGCUCCGCCCUCGUAAGCCAUGUUCUAUCGGAAACAGAUCCUAACGCCGGUGAGGAAACGUAUCGUCGUGCGGGA